AUGUCCAUGGCGCUUGCGCCCGGCGCCGAGCCCGACUGCUGCCCGCUGGCCUUCAGGGUGGACCCGUUCACCGACUACGGCUCCUCGCUCACCGUCACGCUGCCGCCCGAGCUGCAGGCGCACCAGCCCUUCCAGGUCAUCCUGCGCUACACCUCGACCGACGCCCCCGCCAUCUGGUGGCUGGACCCCGAGCUGACCUAUGGCAACGCCAAGCCCUUCGUCUUCACCCAGGGCCACUCGGUGUGCAACCGCUCCUUCUUCCCCUGCUUCGACACGCCCGCCGUCAAGUGCACCUACUCGGCCGUCGUCAAGGCCCCGUCGGGGGUGCAGGUGCUGAUGAGUGCCACGCAGAGCACGUACGUGGAGGAGGAGGGCGUCUACCGCUUUCACAUGGAGCACCCUGUGCCCGCCUACCUCGUGGCCCUGGUGGCCGGGGACCUCCAGCCGGCAGACAUCGGGCCUAGGAGCCGCGUGUGGGCUGAGCCGUGCCUCCUGCCCACGGCUACCAGCAAGCUGUCGGGCGCAGUGGAGCAGUGGCUGAGCGCAGCCGAGCGGCUGUAUGGGCCGUACAUGUGGGGCAGGUACGACAUUGUCUUCCUGCCGCCCUCCUUCCCCAUCGUGGCCAUGGAGAACCCCUGCCUCACCUUCAUCAUCUCCUCCAUCCUGGAGAGUGACGAGUUCCUGGUCAUCGACGUCAUCCACGAGGUGGCCCACAGCUGGUUCGGCAACGCCGUCACCAACGCCACGUGGGAGGAGAUGUGGUUGAGUGAGGGCCUGGCCACCUACGCCCAGCGCCGCAUCACCACUGAGACCUACGGGGCUGCCUUCACCUGUCUGGAGACGGCCUUCCGCCUGGAUGCCCUGCACAGGCAGAUGAAGCUCCUCGGAGAGGACAGCCCGGUCAGCAAGCUGCAGGUCAAGCUGGAGCCAGGAGUGAAUCCCAGCCACCUGAUGAACCUGUUUACGUACGAGAAGGGCUACUGCUUCGUGUACUACCUGUCCCAGCUGUGUGGAGACCCCCAGCGCUUUGACGACUUUCUCCGAGCCUACGUGGAGAAGUACAAGUUCACCAGCGUGGUAGCCCAGGACCUGCUGGACUCCUUCCUGAGCUUCUUCCCAGAGCUGAAGGAGCAAAGUGUGGACUGCCGGGCAGGGCUGGAGUUCGAGCGCUGGCUCAACGCCACAGGCCCCCCACUGGCCGAGCCGGACCUGUCCCAGGGCUCCAGCCUCACCCGGCCCGUGGAGGCCCUCUUCCAGCUGUGGACCGCGGAGCCUCUGGACCAGGCGGCCGCCUCUGCCAGUGCCAUCGACAUCUCCAAGUGGAGGACCUUCCAGACAGCGCUCUUCCUGGACCGGCUCCUGGACGGGUCCCCGCUGCCCCAGGAGGUGGUGACGCGCCUGUCCAAGUGCUACUCGUCCCUGCUGGACUCCAUGAACGCCGAGAUCCGUAUCCGCUGGCUGCAGAUCGUCGUCCGCAACGACUACUACCCCGACCUCCACCGGGUCCGGCGGUUCCUCGAGAGCCAGAUGUCCCGCAUGUACACCAUCCCGCUGUACGAGGACCUCUGCACCGGCGCCCUCAAGUCCUUCGCCCUGGAGGUGUUCUACCAGACCCAGGGCCGGCUUCACCCCAACCUGCGCAGGACCAUCCAGCAGAUCCUGUCCCAGGGCCUGGGCCCUGGUGCCGAGCCCAGCGCGGAACAAGGCGGUGCCGGAGCAGACUCGGAGGUGGACCCAGAAGCACCGGCCCUGCUGCUCGGGGACGAGGCCCCCGGCGCCGCCAUUUCUCUCAGGGACGUCAACGUGUCUGCCUAGCCCUGACCUCCCAGACACCACGAUUGUGCCUUCUGUAGCCCCGGGCCCGCCGUGACUGUGCCUCGUCUCUGGCCGUGAGCUCCCUCCUGCGGGCUCUGCCGGGGACCUCCUCACGGCCGGCGAGGCCCGUGGACCUGGUCCCCCAGCUCUCUUGCACUGCAGGCCCGGAGAGGCCAGCACACGCCAUGCCUGUCUCAACACUGACCGCCGGGCACUGCCCCCGGGGUGACAGCCCCGCAGUCCCACGGCGACUGCCACACUGUGCCUUACGUCCGCCGGGAAGUCCGGGCCGCGCCGUCCUCACGGCGGGCCUCCUGCCCCCGGAGUCCCGCAACCCGCUGCUGGGGUCGGCAGCCUCAGCCGGCCCCUGGCAGAGGACAAGG